AUGUCACAUGCCCCCUUUGUCUUUCACCCGGUGAAUCAAGCUUUUCAGAUUGUUACCGUGCUGUCUCGAUUGGCAGCUCGUCGUUACGAAGAAGCACUUGUCUCACAAGGGGCCGUACCAGUAUUACUCGAAAUGCUUACCGUAACCGAUAACUUGCACUCGGAUUAUUGUAGAAGAAUUCGUUAUAAGGCAGCUGUUUGCAUCGGAACUCUGGCUGCCACUGGUGUAGGGUUGAAGGCCUUGUACGUAAAUCAAGCGUUCGCAAUUUUGACUCAUGUGCUCGAAAUGGAAAGUUCGCCAGCCAAUCCACUCAACAUGAUUUGUACGAACAUUCGUAAUCGACUGGAAAGCAAAUAUCAAAUUGAAAGUGCCGUCUAG